AUGUCACAGCUUACUACGUACUACGGACCCAGGCCCCUACAGCCAUUGAAUGACCACAUGAGACACGGGUUUGACCAGGACUACAACUCGGAGAAUUUCCUAUCUCUCCUUGCUAACACAUUCUACAUCUACUUCGAUGAUAAGCGUCACAAUACCAACGGUAACCCGAUCACCGAGGAGAUGAAAAAGCAUCCAGAAUACUACAAGACAUACCAGCCGAUAACUGACUGGAAGGUUAUGAAAGACAGGCAGAAGACCAUUUCUGCCGCCAUUGUGCUAUGCCUCAACCUAGGAGUAGAUCCGCCAGACAUCAUGAAGACGUACCCGUGUGCUAAGUUGGAAGCAUGGUGCGAUCCCUCCACGUACCCGGACACUAAGAAGGCCAUAGAGCUGAUUGGGAAGACCUUACAGUCUCAGUAUGAAACAUUAAGUUUGAGAACAAGAUACAAGCAGUCUUUGGACCCUUGUGUCGAAGAUGUUAAACGUUUCUGCAACACCUUGCGGAGAAAUGCCAAGGACGAGAGGAUCUUAUUCCAUUACAACGGGCACGGAGUGCCUCAGCCCACAGCGAGUGGAGAAAUCUGGGUAUUUAACAGAGGUUAUACCCAGUAUAUACCUAUCUCGCUCUAUGACUUACAAACGUGGUUGGGGGCUCCUUGUAUAUUUGUAUACGACUGUAACAGUGCUGGUAACAUUGUCCACAAUUUCAAGAAGUUUGUUCAGAAAAGAAUUGAUGAUGAUAACGAGGGAAAUCAUGACCUCAGUGCACCACUGCCAACAUCUGCGUACUUAGACUGUAUUCAAUUGGCAAGCGGAAAGAGCAAUGAGUUACUCCCUAUGCUGCCAGACUUACCAGCAGAUUUGUUUACGUGCUGCUUGACAUGUCCUAUCGACAUAAGUGUAAAAUGGUUCGUCCUGCAGUCACCGAUCAGAAAGCUGUACUACCUGUUGUUGCCCAAGAAUCUGAUUGGAAACGUAAUUAUCCCAGGAAAAUUAACUGACAGGAGAACACCACUAGGUGAGCUUAAUUGGAUUUUCACCGCCAUCACUGACACAAUUGCAUGGACCACAUUGUCCAGGCCCAUUUUCAAGAGAUUAUUCAGACAGGACUUGAUGGUGGCGGCUCUUUUUAGAAAUUUCCUCCUCGCAAAGAGAAUUAUGCCCCAUUUCAAUUGCAAUCCAAUCAGUGACCCUCCAUUGCCAGAUUCAGUCCGGUUCCAUCACAUGUGGGAUUCGUGGGAUUUGGCUAUAGACCAGGUCUUUAGCCAAUUAAUAAAGUCUAACGGGGUUGCUCCUAUAAGCACCAGUGUCGUACUUGGAGGAGGCUUGAAUCAAGCAUUAUCAACUGUAAAUGGAGGAAAUAUCAGUACACUUAAUGGUCAAAUCCAAAACGGACCAAAGAUCAACGGACUGAAUGGGCAUGUAAAUGGCACUGCAAAUAACAUAAAUAGGAAUGUCUCAGGAGGCAUAACUCCUGGUUCUGCGACUAGCACCAAUAUUCAUACUCCAACAGGAGCGGCUCCUUCAGCUCAACAAUUAAACUACCAGCAUUCAACAUUCUUUGAACAGCAGCUUACUGCGUUUGAAAUAUGGCUCAAAUACGCAGGAUCUUCUAAGAUGGAACCCCCAGAACAGUUACCGAUUGUUCUUCAAGUACUCCUUUCUCAAGUUCAUAGGCUUCGUGCGUUGAUCUUACUAUCCAAAUUUCUUGACCUCGGACCUUGGGCAGUAUACCUUUCUCUUUCCAUUGGUAUAUUCCCCUAUGUUUUAAAAUUAUUACAAAGCCCGGCGCAAGAAUUAAAACCAGUUUUGAUCUUCAUUUGGGCCAGAAUCAUGGCCAUUGAUUAUAAGAGCACACAACAAGAACUCUGUAAAGAUAAAGGCUAUAAUUAUUUCUAUUUGAUCUUGAAUUCCCAGAACCAACAAGGGACCAUGAAUACAAGUACAGGAACAGGAACUGUUGGGGGUGCUGGAGUAGUUGCAAAUGGACCCUCAGCUAAUAACAUCUUAAUCAAUGAUGACCAUAAAGCGAUGAGUGCAUUCAUUCUUACAUUAUUUAUUAAGGAUUUCAAGAAUGGACAAAGAUUAUGCUUUUCAAUAGAAUUGAUUAGAAAUUGUUUAAAAUUUUUGUCCUCGAGCGAAAACCCACUACUCAGACAAUGGUGUUGUUUAUUAUUGAGUCAAUUAUGGAUGGGAUACCCAGAUGGAAAAUGGAUAAUAUAUAAAGAUGGAUACCUACAAAAGUUUUUGGGAUUAGUGAAUGAUCCGAUUCCAGAGGUCAGAAGCAGCAUUAUUUUAGCUUUAACUAACUUUUUAAGUGAACCAGACCAGCAAGCACAAGGGCAAAGUAACCAUGCUCAAAAUAUUCAAGGGCAGAAUCCUCAGGUAAUUCCACAGCACCAGGAUUUAAGAAAGGAUGAACUAAAACAACAAGAUUUGAAGCUUGCAAAUACUAUUCUUGGACUUUUAGGAGACGGAUCUUCCAUGGUUCGUAAGGAAAUUGUAUACUUUAUUGCCAAAUUUAUCAAGAUUUAUUCAAAGUUCUUUUUAGUUGUUGCAUUCAAUCAAUUGGAAGAAGAAAUAGUUCUUAUUGAUAAUGCCAAUUAUCUUAUCGAAUUCAGAAAGAAGUCACCUGCUUAUGGUUCCAUUUUUAGUUCCAUAUGGAAAUCUUUAUUGAUUUUGUCAGAAGACCCUCAUUUGGACGUAAAGCAACUAGCUGAAAUCUUAAUAGAUUCAGUUAUGGUUCAAUUAAACGAGAGUGAGCUAGGAGGGUUAGUGAAAGAAAUGCAGGAUGAAUUAUUAAGCAAAUCAACUAUCAACAUCAGCGAGAGCUUUAAACCUAUCAACCCAAUUGUAAGUCGCUUAGAAAAUGGCAAUGGUAAUGGGCAUUUAGCUAGAAGACAGGUUUCUUCUGGCUCUACAUUACAAAGAAGAAACAACACAUUAACAAUCAAUGGAAUGAGAUCAGCUUCGACGUCAAAUAUUAAUGAUAAGCUAAAGUCAACCGAUUCAGACACUGAAUCUAUUCUGUCAAAAAUAAAAAAUCUUUCCAUUGGCAAAAUAUUCAAGCUGCUUCAACUUAAUGAAGAAUCCGAUUUAAAAAACUUUUCACGAAUUUUAAACUUGGGCCCUGUUCCUACAAAUUAUGGUGUAGAAUUAAAACCUAAGACCCCAAGAUUCCAUGCUAGAGAUUUAACCAUCAAGCCCGAAUUGCCAGCAGAAUCUGGAUUUUUCCAAUACAGUUGUGAAUAUUUCCAAGAGCCCCAAAUGUCCAAGAAUGAAAUUGACGAACCCGGAUCUAAAGAAUAUGCGAAAAGAUUGUGGAGAAGGAAUCGUAAUGAAUCAAUAAUUCAAGAAACUCAACCACAAAAAGAGUUAGCCAUUAGAGGAGAUUGGAACAGCAAUUUAAAGAUAUUAAAUAAUAAGCUGCAACCCAAGCUCAUUAAAUUUACUCAGUUUGAAAAAAUAUUAGUAUCUUCAGAUGAAAAGGAUAAUGUUACUGUGUGGGAUUGGGAAUACAACAAUGUAGUUAAAAAAUUUUCAAAUGGGAACCCAUAUGGUACAAAGAUUACAGAUAUUAAAUUCCUUAAUGAAGAUGAUCAACCAUUACUUUUGACAGGUAGUAGUGAUGGUGUUAUCAAAAUCUAUAAGAAUUUCCAUGACAAUUAUAGUGGCGAUAACAUUGAAUUAAUUGCAUCUUGGAGAGCAUUGACGGAUUUGCUCUUAACUUCGAAGCUGUCUGGAUUGAUUUCUGAAUGGCAACAAUCCAGAGGUUCCUUGCUAGUUAGUGGGGAUGUCAAAAUUAUUAGGAUAUGGGAUGCUCCUAGGGAGUUGUGCUUAGUUGAUAUACCUGCUAGAUCGACUUCGAGCAUCACUUCAUUGACAUCUGAUCAAGUGGCUGGAAACUUGUUUAUCGCAGGUUUUGAUGAUGGAAGUUUAAGAGUUUACGAUCGUAGAUUAGAUAGUAGGGAAUCUAUGGUGAAGACAUGGAAUACUACAAGCAAAAGUGAAGGUGGAUACCAAAGAGGAGGUGGAGCUUCCAUUAGAAAUGUGCAUAUGCAAAGAGGUGGCUAUAGAGAACUUGUCAGUGGAUCCUCUAAUGGGUAUGUCAAUCUCUGGGAUAUCAGACUUAACGAUCCUGUUGAGUCCUUUGUCAAUUCACCUGAAAAAUCUAUCCGUUGUAUAGAUGUGCAUGAACAUGCUCCAAUUAUUACAACUGGGGCUAAACUGGUGAAGCUUUGGAGUACGUCGGGUGAUUUGAUACUGUCGUUGAAGAAUCCACACGACACAUACUUGGCUAAUAGAACAUCCAGUUACUUAUCAAGUGCUGUUUUCCAUCCGCAUUACAUGAUGAUGGCCACAAAUUACAAUCAAGACGGACAUAUAAACUUGUAUACUUGCACUGAUACUGCGCAAGAGUAUUAG